AUGGAGGAUGCGGAGUACCCAGGGAUGACUAGGAUGGAUUCUAUGCUAGCAGGUCCGGCCAGCCCACCUGAGAAGAAGCUAAAACUACAGAUGGACAAUGAAGAUCUCAUCAUCACUGCAUCAAGCAUCAGAAACAUGAAUUCACAGCCACAGAAAGAACCUGAUCCAGAUGCGAUUAAAAUGUUUGUUGGACAAAUACCUCGCUCAAUGGAUGAAAAUGAACUUAGGAAAAUGUUUGAGGAAUUUGGUCCAGUUUUUCAACUGAAUGUUUUACGGGAUAAAAUGACAGGACAGAGCAAAGGAUGUUGUUUUGUUACAUUUUACACCAGGAAAUCUGCUCUAGAUGCUCAGAAUGCUCUUCACAAUAUCAAAACAUUACCACAAAUGCAUCACCCCAUACAGAUGAAACCAGCUGAUAGUGAAAAACGAAAUGGUAUCAACGGCGUACCCAGGUUUGGGGCUAAAGUGGAAGAGAGGAAGUUGUUUGUUGGUAUGAUCUCAAAGAAAUUCAAUGAAAGUGAUAUACGAAUUUUGUUUUCUAACUAUGGAUCAAUAGAAGAUUGUACAGUAUUAAGAGACCAAAAUGGGCAAAGUAAAGGUUGUGCAUUUGUUACUUUUAAUAACCGACAGAGUGCUCAGAAUGCUAUCAAAAACAUGCACCAUUCACAAACAAUGGAGGGAUGUUCUUCACCACUGGUUGUAAAAUUUGCAGAUACUCAGAGAGAAAAAGAGGCUAAAAAACUGCAACAGAUGAAUGCUAAUUUAUGGAAUUUAUCUCUGGGAGGUUUAGGUCCAUUAGCUCCACAGUAUGUGUCGUUAUUACAACAGGCAGCAGCUGGCGGUGGAGGUGGUGGUGGAGGUGGCAACUUGGGAGCAUUUGGAAAUUUGGGUAACAUUGGGUUGAACACAAUGGGUAUCCAACAAUUAUUGACUGCUGCAGCAGCUGCCGCUGCAACUGGCAAUAAUCCAGGCGUGUUGGCAGCCCUCGCGGGGUUAAAUGCUGGCAGUCUAACCAAUAACACUACUGCUACUUCUGCCUGCUCCCCUUCCUCCUCCUCUUCCACUUCGUCCACUGCACCGUCUGCUGCAGCGGCAGCCUUGGCGGCAGCAGCAGCGGCUACAAUGGCAUCACUGGGGGGCAGCAAUAGUGGCGCGGGCGGUUCGUCGUCUACUGUGACAGGAGAAACCAACAAUUUGCAACAUUUACAGAACCUUCAGAGUUUGACAGCAUUGGCAAAUGCUUCUGGCAACCCAGGUUCUUUGAAUGCUUUGGGAAUGCAGAACCUUGCAGCAUUAAACCAACUUGCAGGAAACACCAAUGCUUCCAAUGCAUCAGAGCCUGUCUUCAACUUUUGUCGUACUAUGACUGGUACAACUUCCUCAAACUCACUAAGUGGCCUCGCUGGAAUGCAAGCUCUAGGGAACAAUUCCUUAACAAACCUCUCUAGCUUGACCUCAAGUGUAACAACCAACAUGAAUGGCAUUGGCUCCAAUACUAACCCUACAGGUAUUGAUGCCCUUAGCCAAGCAUAUUCGGGGAUACAGCAAUAUGCAGGUUUGUCAGGUUUGCUCCCUCCAGGUAAAGCAUCAUUCCCUAAUGCAUUCAAUAGUCAGUCAGCCCAACAGAUUCAACAGGCUGCCGCUAAUUCCCCAGCUGGCAAACAAACUGAAGGUCCAGAUGGAGCCAACUUAUUUAUAUAUCAUUUACCCCAAGAGUUCAGUGACCAUGACCUCAUGCAGACUUUCAUCCCAUUUGGAAAUGUAGUAUCUGCAAAAGUUUUCAUUGAUAAACAAACAAAUCUAAGCAAGUGUUUUGGUUUUGUGAGUUAUGACAAUCCGUUGUCAGCACAGGCAGCAAUUCAGGCCAUGAAUGGGUUUCAGAUCGGUAUGAAACGACUGAAAGUACAAAUAUCCUUUUUAACUGAUCGCACGUGGCGUGACGUCCUUCCCAUGUUCACAAUGCUGUGUACAUCCUUAAAACUGACUAUAGAAUGCCAUUACCCUUCUGACACUUCUCUCUCUCUCUCUCUCUCUCUCUCUCUCUCUCAUUCCUCCAGUUGUGAGAAAUUCCACAAGGAAUUUAACAGCCAGGGUGUUUGA